ACGUAAUAUCACGACCCGAAUAUGCUCACGGCCUUUUUACUUCCUUUUUUGCUCCCUGUACUCACUGCUGCACAAUAUGGUGGAGCUGCAUAUUCAUCAACCGUGAGCACUACCGCUGCUCUCGCUGUACCGACGGCUCCUGCCAACACAGCUGGAUUUGUGAACGUUAACGUUGGAUUCCAAGGCAAGCUUGUGUACAGCCCAGCAAACAUCUCCGCCCCUGUUGGCACUAUUGUCACAUUUUAUUUCCCCAGCGGCCUUGCCCACUCUGUCACUCAAUCGUCUUUCGCCGCUCCAUGUACAUACUUGGCCGCAUCAGGCAACACCUCUGCAGGCUUUGACUCCGGGUUACAGACUGCUGUCCAAUUCUCUAUCAACAUUACUGAUAAUCAGCCCAUUUGGUUCCACUGCAAACAAGUGCAACACUGUGGUCUUGGAAUGGUUGGAAGUAUCAACGCACCCGCCACCGGGAAUACUUUUGCUGCCUUCCAGUCGGCUGCAUUGGCUUUAGGUAGCUCUGAAACAACCGAAACGGACAAUGGCCCAGUCACUGGUGGUGUUCACGGUGUCGCCACUGCGAAACCCGCCAACACGGCGUCUGCUGCUGCUUCGGCUACUGGUUCGAGCUCGAGCUCAAGCUCGGGCUCGACAAAGGUUGUUGCUAGCGCAUGCCUCGCUUUGUUUGUUGCAGCAGUGGCUGGUCUUCUCGCACAAUUCUGACUGAAGUGUGAGGCUUCUCCGAGUCGUAAAUGAACCCAGAGGGUUCUUGUGUGGCAUGUCUGGCUGGAGCUCCCAAUUUCGAACUUUGAUAUCAUUAGACUCUCACCUUUCUACAUAGUAUUUCGGCACUGGAUAGCUAGAACUCUGAACGUCAAAAAAUACUAUACCAGUUGUUCAUCGUGUUGAGUAUGUUGUAUGGGCGCAAUGACAAGUAGUGGCUGUGCUGCGUUC